GGAAACUUUGAUCGCCUUCAAAGAAAACGGGGGGCAGGACUGGAGCCCCGAUCCGGCGGUGCCAGCGCGGCCCACUGCGCGAGCGUGAGAGAAAGUUUCAGCGCGGGCGGGCCCCUCCCGAGACGUGGGAGCCGCGCAGGCCGGGGAGACCCAGUGCCAGGUCCUUACGAGGGAGGCUUGGGAGUGUACAGAGUUGUGAGGAUCCCCUGACGUUUCUUUCUUCGCUGCUACAAGGUCAAAAAAGAAAUCAUGACUGAAUCUGCCUCUAGCACAAGCGGUCAAGAGUUCGAUGUGUUCAGUGUUAUGGACUGGAAAGAUGGAGUAGGUACCUUACCAGGAAGUGACCUAAAGUUUCGGGUAAAUGAGUUUGGAGCCCUGGAAGUUAUUACAGAUGAGAGUGAGAUGGAAAAUGUUAAAAAAGCAACUGCCACCACCACAUGGAUGGUACCGACCGCUCAAGAAGCCCCGACCUCUCCCCCGAGCUCCAGGCCGGUAUUCCCACCUGCCUACUGGACAUCUCCACCCGGUUGUCCCACAGUCUUUUCAGAGAAGACCGGGGUACCUUUCAGGUUGAAGGAACCAGUGAGAGUAGACGGGCUUCAGCUCUGUGAGAACUGCUGUCAGUAUGGCAACGUAGAGGACUGUCUUUCUGGAGGAAGCUUUUGCAGCCAGCACUGUGCUCGGCACGUCAAAGACAAGUGUUGUUUCCUGUCACUGUUUGGGGGUUAUAAACACAACAGGGAUCAGAAGGAAGAAAGGGACACAGGAGAAGACAACGAGGAAGAGGAUUCUAAAUGUAGUCGGAAGAAAAAACCGAAAUUGUCUCUGAAAGGCGACCCCAAGGAGGAUGGAGACGAGAGAGAGGAUGAAAUGGACAACAAGCAGGAUGGAAGAGUCCUCAGGGGUUCGCAGAGAGCCAGGAGGAAAAGGCGAGGGGAUCCGGCUGCCUUGAAGCAGGGUUUGCCUCCUAAAGGCAAGAAAGCUUGGUGCUGGGCAUCCUACCUGGAAGAGGAGAAGGCUGUAGCUGUGCCUGCGAAGCUCUUCAGGGAGCACCAGUCCUUUCCAUAUAACAAGAAUGGAUUCAAGGUUGGGAUGAAGUUGGAAGGCGUGGACCCUGAACAUCAGUCUGUGUACUGUGUCCUCACCGUGGCCGAGGUCUGUGGGUACCGGAUAAAGCUGCACUUUGAUGGGUAUUCGGAUUGCUAUGACUUCUGGGUGAAUGCAGAUGCCCUGGACAUUCACCCCGUUGGGUGGUGUGAGAAAACUGGCCAUAAACUGCACCCUCCAAAAGGAUAUAAAGAAGAAGAGUUUAAUUGGCAGACCUAUCUUAAGACAUGCAAAGCCCAAGCUGCCCCUAAGUCGUUAUUUGAAAAUCAGAAUAUAACAGUGAUCCCAUCAGGCUUCCGAGUUGGAAUGAAGCUUGAGGCUGUAGACAAAAAGAAUCCUGCAUUCAUCUGUGUUGCUACGGUAACAGAUAUGGUGGACAAUCGUUUCCUGGUGCAUUUUGACAACUGGGAUGAGAGCUAUGACUAUUGGUGUGAAGCAUCUAGCCCACACAUUCAUCCAGUCGGUUGGUGUAAAGAUCACAGAAGAACCCUCAUUACUCCACCAGGUUAUCCAAAUGUGAAGCAUUUUUCUUGGGAUAAAUACUUAGAAGAAACCAAUUCUUUACCUGCUCCUGCAAGAGCGUUCAAAGUGAAACCUCCACAUGGUUUCCAGAAAAAGAUGAAGCUGGAAGUUGUCGAUAAAAGGAACCCCAUGUUUAUUAGGGUCGCAACUGUUGCAGACACGGACGAUCACAGAAUAAAAGUUCACUUUGAUGGCUGGAGCAGUACCUAUGACUACUGGAUAGAUGCCGAUUCUCCUGAUAUUCACCCAGUGGGCUGGUGUUCCAAAACUGGACAUGCGCUUCAGCCUCCUUUGAGUGCCGCAGAAUUAAUGGAAGCUUCUGAUCAAGGUGGGUGCCCAACCCUUGGCUGUAAAGGGAUCGGCCAUUUCAAGAGAUCAAGGCACCUGAGCCCUCAGAGUGCUGCCAGCUGUCCCUAUUCAGAUAUCAAUUUGAAUAAAGACCGCAUUUUCCCAGAUCGCUUAAGUGGUGAGAUGCCUCCAACCAGUCCAUCAUUUCCAAGAAAUAAAAGGACGGACACAAAUGAAAGCUCUUCGUCUCCUGAAAUCAGAGACCAGCAUGUUGAUGAGGUGAAAGAAGACUUGGAAGAGAGAACAGAAGGUGAAAGAAAACCAUCACAGGAAGCCAGAGGUGCCCGGGAGGAAUCUACCAUGCAGCAGGCACAGCGUCGGUCGGCUGUGUUUCUGUCCUUCAAGUCCCCGAUUCCGUGUCUGCCCUUGCGCUGGGAGCAGCAAAGCAAACUUCUUCCAACUGUCGCUGGAAUCCCUGCUAGCAGAGUGUCCAAAUGGAGCACAGAUGAGGUGUCAGAAUUCAUACAGAGCUUGCCUGGCUGUGAAGAACACGGAAAGGUAUUUAAGGAUGAACAAAUUGACGGAGAAGCAUUUCUACUUAUGACCCAAACGGAUAUUGUUAAAAUUAUGAGCAUUAAGCUGGGCCCUGCUCUCAAAAUUUUCAACUCUAUUCUGAUGUUCAAAGCUGCAGAGAAGAAUUCUCACAAUGAACUCUGAAGGUGGUGAUCUCUGAGUGCCAGCAGCUUUCUGCUUUACAGCCCAUGUUUUAUUCAAAGCACAAGGACGAUUAGGACUCUUAAAUGAGAAGUCUGCAAAACUCAAAAGAGCAACACUAUUGGAUUAUUUAUAUUCCUUGAAAGACAAUAUAUAUGAAUUCUUAAGAAAGUGCUUGAGCUUUUAACCAGGUACUGUCGAAAAACAGUCAUCUUUUGGUUCUGUUCACUGAGCUAAAUUUAUCUUUGUAAAUCUUUUUGAGGCUGGUGGGUGGGGGAAGGGGACCUCAUUAAUUAUUUAUGGUAAGGGGGGCAGAGUAAGACCUUUUGGCAUUUUGUAAACAUUGUUGAAUUCUCUUUCAUGUACACUUUCUUUUUCAAUACUUUCAGAAACCUUUUUAUAUAAUUGAAUUUCCACUGAAACCAAAUUAGUCAAAACCUGGCUGGGUUUAGCCAGUGGGACUGUUACCCAUAUUGUUCAUUUUGUGCCAUAUGCUGAUUGCAAUAUUAUGCUGAGUGUAACUUCGCAAGUCCUCAUAUUGCCCACCUGCUCGUCACCAUUUGGUGGGCCUGAAUAGCUGUAAAACCUUCUUUACUUUGAAUCGGUGUUUUUACUUUUGCACGCAUGAUGAAAUGUUAAACAGAUUACUUUUCACCAGCAUCUUUACUAUAAUUACCAAAAACAUGUAUAUAAAAGAAUGGAAUUGAAAAAUAAAAUAUAUCACCCUAAA